AUGCAUCUCAUGUUCCUCAAUGAAUUCUGGGACCUCCUGUUUACAAUUUUUGGUUCUGCUUAUUUUCAGGCUCGCAGGUAUGAUACAAGAACAACCAUAUUUUCUCCGGAAGGAAGGUUGUACCAAGUGGAGUAUGCAAUGGAAGCUAUCAGUCAUGCUGGCACAUGUCUUGGCAUCCUAGCUAAUGAUGGCAUUCUCUUAGCAGCUGAAAAGAAAAAUACCAACAAACUCCUGGAUGAAGUUUUCUUCUCAGAAAAAAUUUAUAAAUUGAAUGAUGAUAUGGUCUGUAGCGUUGCGGGUAUAACAUCUGAUGCAAAUGUGUUAACAAAUGAACUCCGGCUGAUAGCGCAAAGAUACUUAUUACAGUAUGGUGAAUCCAUCCCUUGUGAGCAACUUGUUUCUUGGCUAUGUGAUGUCAAGCAAGCCUACACCCAGUAUGGAGGUAAAAGACCGUUUGGUGUGUCAAUAAUAUACAUGGGAUGGGAUAAACAUUAUGGAUUUCAACUCUACCAGUCUGAUCCCAGUGGAAAUUAUGGGGGGUGGAAAGCAACGUGUAUUGGAAACAAUAGUGCGGCUGCUGUUUCAAAUUUGAAACAAGAUUACAAAGAAGGAGAAAUGACCCUAGAAAGUGCACAGCAAUUGGCCAUCAAAGUGCUCAGUAAGACAUUAGAUAUGACCAAAUUAACCUCAGAAAAAGUGGAAAUAGCUACUUUGAAGCGAGUUGAUGGUAAGACAAUCACAAGAAUUUUACCAGCUCAAGAAGUAGAAGCAUUGAUAGCUGAAUACGAAAAGCAAGAAGCGUUUCUGGAAGCUCAGAAAAAAGAAAAGCAAGAGAAGAAAUCAUAAAAUGCUCUGAGUUAAUACAAUUUGUUCCUCUCCAGGAGAGCAGUCAUGGCAGUUGGCAAUUUUUUUCAUUAUCUUCAGGUUUUUAUUUUUUGCUUUUUUUCUCACGGUAAUAGCCAUAAAUUAGGCUUUUUUGGUGGUUUUGAAUCCAUUUAAGAGAACUGACUUCAAUGAGAAGUGGAGCCCUUGUAUGGCAUUGGGAAUCGCAGUCUAAGUCCAUUUUUUAUUUUCAUUAUUUUUUUUUUUAACUAGUUCUGUUGCAUGCAAGAGAUACAGCCAACUGACUGCACUCUUAAUGGGUAAAUUAGUAAAUUAGCUCGUAAAUCACGUGGGGUACAUAAAGGAAGUCUGAAUCUGCUCCUUAGCGCGCAAUUUGCAUAGUUCAUAUUAUGCUUUUUGUAGUUUCUCGCAUAUGUGGGCUAAUUUUCUCAGUCACCGCCGAUCAGGUUUACACAGGUAAAGGAGUGAGAAAGACCUACCCGAAGUAAACAAACUAUUAACUAACUUUUUCUAUUCUAUGAUUUCAUUUGUUUUUGAGCGUUUGUUUCCUCUUUCUUCCUUUAUUUUGCAAAACAAAAGUUUUGAAUCCAUUGAAAUCUUCGGCAAGGAGAGUUCAUCACAGUUUCCAAGAUUGAACGUUUAUUUAGGUUAGGUUUCUUUUCGGGUAAAGUUGACUGCCAGCCACCAAGAAAAUCUGUCCACAUGUGCGGUAAAAGCUUGUUACAAUCUUUGCAGAUUGCGCGCUAAGGAGUGGAUUUUAGACUUUAUUUAUGUGUCCAACAUGACUUUUGAGCGAACUUACUCUUAAAAAGUGUAUUCAGUUGGCUUUAUCUCUUGCUUGCAACAGACCCAUCGCGCCAAAUGUUCUCUUUUUUCUCUCUUUUUCAUGAUGUCUCACUAAGUAAAGGCUGUCAUUUGAAACAAAAAAGUUAAGGGCUCCUGGACCACCUCCUUGAAGGGGGCCUAAAAAUGUCGACUCCCACCAAAGAUGGGUUUCUUGAAGGUAAGAACAUUCUCAAAGUCUCAUUUCCUCAUAUUUAACCACUCAUUUAACAAGGCGACUUUCUGUAUGCCUUGUAGAGGUGGACUUUUUCAUAAAACCACAAAUCUUUUCCAUCACAGCAUCAACAUUGAUUCUUUGAAUUAGGAGUUUGUUUUAAAGAAUAGCAGCAGCACCAUUGCCCUCUUACAGAAAUUUACCCAAGAAGUACGUUUAUUUCAAAUUCGUAACUUGCAAGAUCUCCGUUGUACUGUUUGUUUAUUUUACUAAUUUUGUUUUUUGGUUCCCAACCUGUGAUUUCGCAUUCUCUCCCAUUUUAGUAAUGAAUUUUUUUUCCCCUAUCUCAUUAAACUUAAAGCCACCCGCCAACAAUCAACUGUCACAAUUAUUUACUGCUUAAGUGAUAUAAUGGGUCAGUGGCAGCUAAUUUUUUUAAUUCAUUUCCUGAUUGAACUAAGUGACCUGAGUUUCUAAGAAUUUUUUCGUAUUUUUUAACUCUGAAUGGCAAGGAAGCCGAUUUUAAAGAUCCCAAAAAUGGGACCCAUUUGAAAUAUUUUUGGUGGGUUCUGAUGACAACUACAGCUUUUGAUGACUGGCUGAACUCAACUUCAACCUUUGCCUUGCUGUGUCAACUCGACUGUCGGCUUGCAAUAGCUUUUCUCCUUUUUAAGAAUUGCUUUUAUGACCGUUUUGGUUUUUUCACGAGAGAGAAACUGUACUACAAAAUUGCCAAAAUUCCUUGCCAUUGGCCCAUUCUUAAUGUAUAUUUGUUCAUUUUUCAACUCAUUAAUUUUGCUCUGCCUAAGCUAUUCUAAAUACAUUUGAUUUUUUCUAGUAAA